ACACUCACAUUCGUAGUCGAUAUAUUUCUCGAAAAAUAAACAAUCCCUUGUCCAGUUUGGAGCGGGCUGUUAUGGAGUGUUGUUCGGUAAGUCUGUGAACUUCAGAAAACGUGACUUUGGGUACAUUUACCAGGGAUGUCGUGAAAGUGAACUGCCGGUCCUCCAUCAUCAGUUCGCCAGAGUGAUGAGUGAUUCACCGGAUGUCACAGUGCACAAUGAACACCGAAUGCGGAAGUACUACGUAUCAGCGUGAUAAUCCCCCCACAGACUCUCUCGCUCUCCACCCCGGAACGUUUAUUUAUUGGUGUUGUAUUAUGUGGUCUUCAGAGAGUAGUAAUUGUUUGUUUUAUUUUGUAUGCUUUCAGAAACACGUGGUCGCUCUCUUCAGUUCCCUGGCUGUAGCCUAUAUCUUCAUUCAACCUCCACAGGUAUCUGAUGUGGAAAUGCAAAGACUGCAGCCUGUCAUUUUCAGAACGAUCUGAGCUACUGAAACAUUACCGCAUUGACCAUAGGUUUCACGGUAGGCGCCUUCCUUACCCAUGCAUCCAUGCAAAUUGCCCCUGUUCGUCCAAGACAUGGAAUGGUCUACAAAAACAUAUUACUAGGAAUCAUCCUUCUCAGGAGUCCACACAAAACAUCUCUUCAUUCAAGUGCUACAUUUGUGACAACAAUCAGCUUUCCACGGAGUAUGAUUUUUUUCUUCAUAUCAAUCAACAUUUGAAAAAAAAUGAACAAGUCUCUUGUAUGUUUGAUGGUUGUUCAUACAAAACAAACAUAUACAACAGUUUCCGGACCCAUAAAUGGAGAAAACAUCAGUCAUGCACCGUCAAUGACUUUAAAAGUGGAAUAAUUGUCACAUCAUCACUCAGUUCCAAUCCUUCUGACUCAUUGAACUCUGACCUGAAUGAAGAAGUACAGCUGGAUGAGCCAAUUACUGAAGAGUCUAGAGAUCCAGAAAAGGAAUUUGAACUGAAAUUAGCUUCACUUUUACUUCAAUUGGAACAUACAUACUUAGUCUCCAGUACAGCUGUCAACGAAUUGCUUGAGGAACUACAACAUCUUAUUGGAACUGACUCUGUGCCACUUAGUCUAAAAACAAUUAAUCAGGUUUUGGGAGAUAAUGAUUGUCAUGUGGAAGCAUCUGUUGUUGAAGAGCUAGCAACUGUUCUAUGUUCUUCACAUCCAAUUCAAAAAGCAAUAGUGAAACAAGGCCCAUUGUCUACUUCUUGGAAGCGCAAAUCGUAUUAUAGAAGAGAAUUUGGUGUAGUGUCACCAGUGGAAUAUAUUCUUGACAAAAGGAACAAAAAACCCUUACAGUAUCUAUCCGUGCUGAAAAUAUUGCAACAGAUUCUAAAUUCUAAAUUCUAAAUAUCACCCGAGAGUGAUACAGCAUGUUAACAGUUGUCCCUUUGAUGGUGAAAUUUUCAGAAACAACACAUUUCUGUCUAAAGACUGUGUAAUUUCACUUAACCUUUAUAGUGAUGAUUUCGAAAUAUGUAAUCCCAUUGGGACAUCACGACGAAAGCAUAAAAUCUGUGCCAUCUAUUGGACUUUAGGUAAUCUGUCCCCCGGUUGUCAAUCUUCACUGUCAUCGAUACAGUUGGCUCUUCUAGUCAGAAGUAAUGAUUUGAAGGUGUAUGGCUAUGAAGCAGUACUCGAGCCUCUCAUUUGUGAUUUAAUUUCCUUGGAACAGCAUAGUGUGUUUUUGCCAAAGUUAGGGAAAUCUGUUAAGGGAACAGUGCAGUGUGUUAUAGCCGACAAUCUUGGAGCCCACAGCAUCGCUGGAUUUCUUGAGAGUUUUUCAGGUGGUCAUGUAUGCCGAUUUUGUGCAGCUUCCAAAUCAGAAAUUCAAACUAAGCAAGACAGUGGAGCUUUUAUAUCCAGAACAGAAUCCCUUCACGCAGACAAUCUCAAAACCUUAGAGGAACAAUCUCGGAACAAUUUCUGUGGUGUCAAGAGGAGAUGUGUCCUUUCUGAGAAACUCAGUCAUUUCAAAGUUACUACCGGUUUCCCUCCAGAUCUGGUCCAUGAUUUAUUUGAAGGGAUUGUUCCUGCAGAGAUAGCUUUAUGUCUGUCGAUCUUCACAUCUAAGAAAUACUUUACACUUGCAUAUUUAAACGAGUCUAUACUACAUUUCCCCUUUAAGUGGAUUGACAAAGUUAAUUGUCCCCAUCCAGUGCCAUUGACCUUUGCAUCUCGAAAGACAAUAGGUGGCAAUUCCCACGAGAACUGGUGUUUGUUAAGGUUUUUCCCCUUCCUUGUUGGCCAGAAGGUGCCUGUUGAAGAACCUGCAUGGAAAAUACUGACUGAUCUAAAGGAAAUUGUGGACCUUGUUGUCUCACCUAUUCAUACAGAGGAAUCGAUUGCAUAUUUGAAUUUCAAGAUCUCAGAGCACAGAGUACAACUUCAAGAGGUUUUCCCAGACUACAACCUGCUGCCUAAGCAUCAUUAUUUGGAACACUAUCCUCAACUUAUUUGUAAAUUAGGACCAUUACUCUGUCUUUGGACCUCGAGAUUUGAAGCAAAGCACAGUUUUUUUAAGAGAGUUGUUCGAUAUACAAGAUCUUUCAAGAAUGUGUUGUCUUUGGCAGAGCGACACCAAUUUCGCAUGGCACAGCAGGUAUUAAUGUACUCUCAAAAACGUCUUCUGGAAGUGUCAAAUGUUUCAACUCUUUCUGUUGAUGUGUUGAAAGAGGAGAUCGCACAAGCUAUACGGCUGAAACACCCGACCAUGGACAAUGUGUGUCUGGCAAAGAAUGUCACUUACGAUGGAUUCAACUACAGAACUGGAAUGAUCCUUGCACAUGGAUCUUUGGCAGAGAUCCCUGAAUUCACAGAAAUCAUCCACAUGUUGGUUCUGAAGGACAAUCUUUUUUUCAUUGUUCGGAAGCUGAGUGCGUGGCACUUGGAACACUUCAGGGCCUUUAAACUUGAAGUGAGCUCCACCAAAGACGUAAUACUUGUGGCGCCAGAUGAACUGACUGAUCCAUAUCCGCUGGUGGAUUACACUGUGGGAGGAGCGCGUUUGAUUACCCUGAAGAGAUAUAUUCAAGUUUAAGACAUCCAGGACGUUUUUGACGCCAGCCUGCACUUCAUCGGUUGCCUGGGCAUCACCAUCUACAUUCACCUUCCUUCAACACAUCCAGGUGGUAUUGAAGCAGCUUUCUGGACCCUCACGCCGAGACACACCUUGAUCAGUCAAUAUGGCAAAUCCCAUACGACUCCUCAUCUUGUUGAGUGACGACAGCUCAGAGAGGAUGGAUCUACCACUGGUGCCAGAGAAGGUUGAAGUGCUCGUUGAACAGGUGGUCAAAGAAGCAUGCCAACUUAUUGGAUGCAUCAGGCUGCAAUACAAGGAUGUGGACUUUGGUGGAACAUUUGUUCACUUGAGCACAACCUCCUCGAUCAAGGAUCUUGCCACCAUCAAGGUCAUACCGCUUAUUCCUGAUAGUGAUAUCAUUCUGGAAUUUAUAGACAGUGUCUCAUCUAAUUUGAGUGAGCUAGACUCAAGCUCCUUCUCAGCACACACUGAUUCAGGUGACACAGUCAUACUCAGCAGCAGCCCCUCCGGGAGACUCCGAACAGAGCCCUGGCCAAAGCAGUUCAAUAUCCCGACCUUCUCCUUUGAAACAGAAGGUCAUAUCGAGAAAGGGAAUGCUGAAUACACAAGGAACCAAACUAGACUGACCCCUUCGUCAAAAAUGCUGUCCGACAUACUGGAAAGAUUGGCAGAGAAGAUUUUCUCCUACAAGGCAUACCCCACUGAUGCAGACUUGGGUGAUGUUGCAGUGGCUCUGACAAUUAAGCAUCCCUGCCUGAGGCAAUCCGACUCCUCAAAUGAGAGCUACUGAUGGAAAAUGAGACUCAAGAGCAAGAUGUGCAACUAUCGCACUCAGCUGAAGUCGCAUGGACUUGCAUUUGAGCUCAUGGUGAAUACUCUAAAAUAUAAGUCACGAGAAGAUCUCUAUCCCCUCCCAGCAAAGAACAACAAAAAGGCAAGAAGAGGUGAGGCCAAUUUCUAUCCUCAGACCAGCAUUGCGACUCCAGAAAGCCUGGAGCAAGAGAGAACAUUGCUUCUGACUGAAGUAAAGAAGAGAAACAAUGAGAAAACCAUACGGGAGAAGAUGGCGUGGAACUUCGACUUUAGGAGGCAAGAGGUUGUGGAUCAGAAGCCUUCCAUCGAGAACCUCAUGGAAAGAUGGCCAGCUCUAUUUCAGAUGGAAGAUACUUUCUUAACCUCUUCUAUACUAAUGCCUUAAAGAUCAAUGCCAAGUUUCUGCGGGUUACUGCAGUUCCCUUGCUGACGAGAUGUAUGGCCCAGCUGGACAAGUACUCCACGCAGCUACUGAAGAUCAUCAGAAAGAAAGGAGGAGCAACCAAAGCAAAAACUGCCACGAUCCUGGAGUUUCUUGAUCAGAGGCAGAUGCUGAUGUCAGAAGGGAGUGUGUCCUCAAACCUCAAAACCUGGGAGAAUCUGUUGAGGACCUGAUAAAAGAAUACACGAUGUCCCAGAUAGAUCAAGCCAAGCAAGAGCUAGACAGUACCACCAUGGCGGUCUUCGUCUUCAGAGAGAAUUCAAGCCUUCUAAAACAGCCCAAAGAGAUCGGGAUCAUCAUUGAUGGUGUAGAAGUCCUCACUGAGUUGUCUUCCGUGGCAGCUGGAGUGGUAAUGCUCUUUGGACUCUGUUAUGCUCUUAACAUGGAAUAUCUCAAGGGGUUCAGGUUCACCUUUGAGGCUCUUCAGAAGAUCCUGAUGGAGCUUGGUUCCAACAAGAUGAGCUCCAAGAUUCGCAAACUUAAUGGUGAACUCCACACUACACAGUAGUAUGUGUGCCAUGUGUAGACAUGCUUGUGUGUGUUUGCAGCAUGCACAGUAUAUGCACCUGUGCUUGUGUGUCUGUGUAUUAAGCUGCUGGCCAGCACGUUACGAGGGGGAGAACCUCAGCGACAACCGAUAGUAGUACUAUUAUAGUAUGUUUAUUAAUUAUUAUUAUUAUUGUAGUAUUAGUAUGGUAGUUGCACCUAGCCAUGGGUGCUGUAGCCAUUUAAGAUGUUAUAUUGUUGGGCUUUGAGCUUUAAGUGAAUGUUUUGAAUUUAGUCGUUUGAGGGUCAACACUGCUUCCGGAAAGCAAUAUUUAAUUUAAUUUAAUUGCAGUUCAGAUUUGAUAGAGCCUGUGUAUAGGCCUGCUACCAUGUGUGUGUUUGUUCUGGUUCAUUUGCUUGGUAGGCUUCUAUUUUUUACUUAUUUCUUAAAGAUCAUUGCAGUUUAUAUCCGUGCUGAAAACACAGCAGCAGAUUCAGAAUAUGCAAUCUUGAUAAAGACUGCCUUUUAAGGGUAGUCUUUAUCAAGAUGGCAUCUGGACAGGGAGAUUCCAGUCGCCAGAUGGUGAUAAAGCAGUAUAUACCAGUAUGUUGUUUUUUAGAAAACAUAGCAUCCUGCCCUCAUGGCCCUGUCCUGCUCUCUCUAUCCUCUUCUCUCCCGCCUCUCAUCCUCUCCAUCCUUUCCUCUGUUCCCCUCUCCCCUCUCCACCCUUCUCCUCCCCUCUCCAUCCUUUCUCCUCUUCACCAUCUCCCUCCCUCUCAUCUGCUCCUUUCUCCUCCUUUCCAUUCUCCUCCUCACUUCCUCUCUCCUCCCCUCAUGUUAAAUAUGUUACGGUUCAUAUGUUAAAGUUGAAUAAAUACAUUUAAAGUUA